GUGUCUCCGGAUGAGAGAUAUAUUCCUAUCUUUUUCAAUAUUAUCGAGUGAUCAAAAAGUUCCAAUUUAUGAAAGGUUAUUCGCAGACAGCAAAUAAUUGGAGUAGGAAAUACUGUGCGCCGCUGGAACAUCUUCCUGAAGACAACCUCCUCAAUCAUGAUGAUGCUACGUCCCAUGAUCAAGACCUGCUUCAUGCUCGUUAGCUUCUUGUUGACGCUUGCAGGGAUUUUGCUGACGACAAUAGGCGGAAUCAUUCUUUUCAACACUGAGCUGAUAGACGGUCACCUUGCGCCAUUAAUGAAACUGCUAGGAUCCGGAAGUGGCACGGGAGCCGAUGUCUGGUCUCUCUACAGAAUAACAGCAAUCUCCUUCAUGGCAUUUGGAAUGGUUCUCUUUGUUCUGGGAGUGAUUGGAUGUCUGAUUGCAACGUGCCCAGCCCAGAAAGCCUUAGUCGUCCAUAUGAGUCUGACCGCCGUCCUUGCUUUCGCCCACGUAACAUCGGUGGCUCUCAUUUUCACGAUGAACAUACAAGCUGAGAUAGCCGACACAUUGCGGUCGAAUCUGGUUGGUCACUACCAAGGAGAAGAAGCCACUGAUGAGUACUCUGUGGCAUGGAACUAUGCGUUCGUCGAGUUCCAUUGCUGCUCCGCGGACACGUAUGCAGAUUUCCUGGUAACCGUCCAAUGGGAAAGGCCUCCAGUAGAUGGCGCGAACACUACCCACGUGAUUCCCGUCACAUGUUGUAAACUUCCGGGAAAAUGGCCGGACUACGGUGAACCAUCGGACAUGAAUUGCACGCUGACGCCAACGUCAGAAAAUUCUUACAUUGAUCACCCCUGUUGGAAGGAACUCAACUGGUACUUGUGGUACUAUGGGCUACUUAUGGCAGGUUGCUGUGUCGGGAGCCUUGCUCUUGAGGGAGUAGGCAUAGCUGUAGCAGUAUGGGCCAGUAUGGAUCUUCGAAGCAGGCAGCUGAAGAUUAUGAUCGAGAAGAGAGGAUUUGUCGACCCAAAUGUACCCGAUCCGAAUGCCAGGGACGAUGAUGAAUUUGGGGAUGACUCAUAUGUUAACCAAGGCCAACUCUAGACACAAUAGAUUUAGAAAUAAGCAGAAAACCAUGCAUGAAAUAUUAGCAAAUCAAAGGGGACAUUUUAAAGGGAUGUAAUUCUCAAUCAACUGUAAUUAGUUAUGUAACGAUAUUGGGUCGAUUGAUAUAAGAAAUAACGUGAUUGACUACAUAGAUGUUAAUCUUAAACGGUGAUGUGAACAAAAUUUGAAAUAAACCAAAUAAUAUAGCUGACUUAUAUGUCUCCAAUGCUGUUAUAAUUAAUGCAGAUAACA